AUGCCUCCUCAAAUUACCGACGACGAAGCCUCCGAUGUGAGCAGCAACUUCGACGCCCCAGGUCCCUCUGCACCAGCUCCAAAGGCGAAGGAAGAGAAAAUCAAGCAGGAUAGAAAAAGCAAGUCCAAGACGCCCGUUGAAGAACCCGAGCCAUUGGAGGUCGAAUCGGACAAUAAUAAGGAUGAGGAUGAUGAUGAGGAACUGCCCGAGGAUGAAUACGUUGUGGAGAAGAUUACCAAUCAUAUCGUUGAUGAAGGUACUGGAGAGAUCAAGUACGAGGUGAAAUGGGAGGGCUUCGAGAAGAAGUCGGACAGGACUUGGGAGCCAGAGGAGAAUCUUGAGACCGCAGCGUUAAUUUUGAGCGAAUAUCUUGAGUCGGUCGGAGGCAAGGACUUGAUCUUGGCCACUUGGGAAGAGAAGAAGGCUGCAUCAGGAAAGAAGGGCAAGAAACGCGGAAGAGCAAGCACAGGCACGCCUCUUGAGAACGGAGCCAAGAGGGGCCGCAAAUCAAAGGAUCACCCUUCCUCCGCCACUCCACCAUACAGUGUAGCAGCCGCCGAUUUCAAACCACCAACUGGAAGCUGGGAGGAGGCUGUAGUUGCUAUCGAUGCAUGUGAAGGUAAUGAGGGAAGCGUUGUAGUUUACUUGACGUGGAAGGGUGGAUACAAGACCCAGCAUCCUCUGGCUCAAGUUUACAAGCGGUGCCCACAAAAGAUGCUUCACUUUUACGAGAGUCAUUUGGUCUUCAAGAAAAACGAGGAUAUGCCCUAG